AAGAUUUGCCUGUUUGAACUGUUGCGUGGAGAAGCUAUACAUCCCUGCUCAUCUACAAUCACGUAUAAGAGAGGGAUGUCGUGUUUUGCUGGAGAUCCCAACUUCUGCCCAGAGUGUGGGAAUGUCCUCCCUCUGCCGGGAAUGCAGGACAUAGUGUGUUGUCCACGCUGCUCCUUUAGCAUUCCUGUUACAGAAUUCGCGGGCAGAGAGAUCCUCUCCACUGUGGUGUUCAACCCGGAGCAGUCAACCAUGGCUCUGCAAAAGGACGAGGACUCGGAGCUCAAGGGCCCUGUGAUUGACCGGCGCUGUUCCCGAUGCAAUAAAGAAGGGAUGAUUUACCACACCAGACAGAUGCGCUCGGCCGAUGAGGGACAGACCGUGUUUUUCACCUGUUUACACUGCAGAUACCAGGAGAAAGAGGAUUCUUGAAGACGUUUUCUCAUCUUCAAUCAUCA